AUCUGACUCGUUCCAAUGCGGCCCACCGUGGAGGACCGGGGUCGCCUGCUGAUGACCCUGCUGCUGCACUGUCUGCUGGCCAUGCAGGUGUUCGGCCGGGCAGGUGCCUUCACCCUGCUCUCGCCCUUCAGCUACACCUCGCUGACGUUCAAGAAUCUUCUCAACUCGGUGCUGUUGUCGAGCAAUGCCAACCUGGCAGGCGGAGGACGUAACCUCAAGUCGGAUGUCCUUGAAGAUGCCUCACUUAUAACGCCCAAAUUAAUACGCAAAUACGGCUAUCCAUCGGAGACGCACACGGUGGUGACGAAGGAUGGCUAUAUCCUGGAAAUGCAUCGCAUUCCCAAGAAGGGAGCCCAACCGGUGCUCCUGAUGCAUGGGAUCCUGGAUACCUCGGCCACGUGGGUGCUGAUGGGUCCCAAGUCUGGAUUGGGCUACAUGCUCUCCGAUCUCGGCUAUGACGUUUGGAUGGGCAACUCCCGGGGCAAUCGCUACUCCAAGAACCACACCAGCCUGAACAGUGACUACCAGGAGUUUUGGGACUUCACCUUCCACGAGAUGGGCAAGUACGAUCUGCCAGCAAACAUCGACUAUAUCCUGAGCAAGACCGGCUACGAGCAGGUGCAUUAUAUUGGCCACUCGCAGGGCACGGCCAUAUUUUGGGUUCUGUGCUCCGAGCAGCCGGCUUACACCCAAAAGAUCACCUCGAUGCACGCCUUGGCCCCCAUUGCCUAUAUCCACGACAUGAAGAGCCCCCUGUUUCGAACACUUGUGCUGUUCCUCGAUUUCCUCACGGCGGCCACACGAAUGCUGCGCAUCACGGAAUUCAUGCCCAACACCAAAUUCCUAGUGGACCACAGUCAGGUUGUGUGCCACGACAACGCCAUGACGCAGGAUGUCUGCUCCAAUAUCCUGUUUUUGGUCGCCGGCUACAAUUCUGAACAGUUGAACAAAACCAUGCUGCCUGUGAUGCUUAGCCACACACCCUCGGGUGCCUCCAUCAAGCAGCUGGAGCACUUUGGCCAAUUGAUGAAAUCGGGACACUUUCGGAAGUUCGACCGGGGAUACCUGCGCAACCAGCUGGAGUACAACAGGAUGACGCCGCCAGACUAUGACCUGUCCCGGGUCAAGGUUCCUGUGGCUCUGUACUAUUCCGUGAAUGAUUUGCUUGUAUCCACCACUGGCGUUGAUCGGUUGGCCCGGGAGCUGCCGAAUGUGAUCGAUAAGUACCUGGUGCCCAUGGAGCGUUUCAAUCACUUGGACUUCCUCUGGGCCAUCGAUGUGAAGCCGCUGGUGUACAAUCGCUUGGUGCGCAAUGUACGACGCAUGGAGAACCAUCGGACCAAGUUAACAGCCAAUUUGGCCAGCUAUUUGGCCAUGCAGCUGCAGCAUCAGCAUCUUCGCCAGCAGAUGAUGCAGCAGCAGAUGAGGGACGGCCGGCUGCCGCCUAAUGUGCACUUGCCACACGGAUUGGGCAUGGAACUGGUCUCCAUGAGCACCUUGCCUCCCGCCACACCACCGCCAACGACAACAACAGGAGAACCGAGGGAUGACGACGACGACGAGGAGGUCCUGACCACCACCAGCAGCAGCUACAGCAGCCCAACCACGGAGAUUCCAACGGAGACGUGA